AUGACUGCAACGGGAGAAGGGGAGGAUGAGAUUCAGUUCUUGCGAACGAAAGAUGAGUUAGUGCUGCGAUGCUCCCUGUCUGACCCACGGCAACAGAAGCUGUGCUUGGCUGCAGAGGGUUUUGGCUGUAGACUGUGUUUCCUGGAGAGCACCUCUAACUCAAAGAAUGUUCCGGCAGACCUGUCUGUGUGUGUGUUUGUGUUGGCCGAGUGUCUCUCUGUCCGGGCUCUACAAGAGAUGCUUGCUAUCUGUGAGGACCAACAGGCACUGGUGAGCAAUCAUGAAAUGAAUGAAAAUACUUUAAAUUAUGGACAUCGUACUCUUCUGUAUGGACAUGCCGUGCUACUCAAACAUGCCUACAGCGGCAUGUAUCUGUGCUGUUUGUCCACAUCUGGGCAUUCCACAGAUAAACUGGCCUUUGAUGUUGGGCUUCAGGAGGAUACAGCAGGUGAAGCGUGUUGGUGGACCAUUCAGCCAGCCUCCAAGCAGAGGUCAGAGGGUGAGAAAGUGCGCGUGGGGGAUGACCUCAUUCUGGUCAGCGUUUCCUCAGAGAGGUACCUGCAUGUGUCCCACAGUAGUGGGACUGGUAAUGAUGGUGGGACUGGGACUGUGGACGCAGCCUUCCAGCAAACUUUGUGGAAUGUGGUUCCCGUUUCAUCGGGGAGUGGAGAGGCUCAAGGUCACCUGAGGGGUGGGGACACGUUACGGCUAAUGCGGGGACACACAGAUGAGUGUCUGACUGUUCCAAUUGAAGAACACAGAGAAGAGGAACGCAGGUCUGUAUGUUUUGAGAGUGGGUCUGUAUCAUCUCACGCUCGUUCUCUGUGGAGGCUGGAGACCCUGCGCGUAGCGUGGAGCGGCAGCCACAUCCAAUGGGGGCAGCCAUUUCGACUACGCCAUGUUACCACAGGGAUGUACCUAAGUCUGACACAGGAGCGUGAACUGCGAUUGGUAGACAGAAAUAGAGCUGGUGUCACAUCCACUGCCUUCUGUCUUCGUCCAUCGAAGGAUAAAGUGGACACCGAAGAAAGGAGAGAUGUGGACGGAAUGGGUAUUCCAGAAAUCAAAUAUGGAGACUCUGUCUGUUAUGUCCAGCACAUGGAUACCAACCUGUGGCUUACCUAUCAGACCAGUGACAGCAAAAGACGCUCUGGUGGGCCACAGCGUGAGGCCACAAUGCAUCUAGAGGGUCACAUGGAUGAUGGACUGACCCUCUCACGCUCUCAGAGGGAGGAGUCCCGAGCUGCCAGUCUCAUCCAUAGCUCCACCCUUCUCCUCUCACGCUUCAUAAGGGAAUUGGAUGACCUUGGUCAGAGAACUAGCAGCCCAGCUCUCCAUCUGCCUAUUGAGGUGGUUCAUCUGAGCCUACAGGAUCUGAUUGCUUACUUACAGUCAUGUGACAUGGGUCAGGCACACAAGACAAAGCAGAGUAGUGAUCAAGCACUGAGGAGCAGACAAAAUCUUUUCCAAGAGGAGGGUGUGAUUACCUUGGUUUUGAACUGUAUUGAUCACCUGCAUUUGUACAGUAGUGCUUCCCAUUUUACAGAGACUGCUGGGAAGGAAGCUGGAGAGGCCUGGGAAUCUGUCUUAAACUUUCUUUAUGAGCUCUUAGCGGUGUUGAUAAGGGGAAAUCGGAAUAACUGUGCCCAGUUUUCAGGCUCCUUGGAUUGGUUGAUCAGCAGAUUGGAAAAACUUGAGGCAUCCUCUGGGAUUCUGGAGGUUUUGCACUGUGUCCUUAUGGAGAGUCCUGAAGCUCUCAAUUUCAUCAAGGAGGGACACAUCAAAUCUAUUAUAGCUCUGCUUGACAAACAUGGACGGAAUCAUAAGAUCCUAGAUGUGCUGUGUUCAUUGUGUGUGUGUCAUGGUAUGGCCGUUCGCUCUAAUCAGCAUUUGAUCUGUGAUAAUCUUCUGCCAACACGAGAUCUGCUCCUACAGACACGCCUAGUCAACCAGGUCACAAGCAUAUGUCCAAAUAUAUUCCUUCAUGUGGGAGAGGACUCUGCCCAGUAUAGAAAGUGGUAUUAUGAACUGAUAGUGGAGAAGGCGGAGCCAUUUGUGACGUCUGAGCCCACUCACCUGCGUGUGGGUUGGGCCUGCACGGAUGGUUACCGGCCCUCUCCCACAGGAGGUCAGGGAUGGGGCGCUAAUGGUGUGGGUGAUGACCUCUGUUCCUAUGGUUUUGAUGGACUUCACCUGUGGUCAGGUGGUGUUAGUCGUAGAGUCCAAUCACUUAACCCACACCUGUUGAGGGAAGAUGAUGUUGUCAGCUGCUGCCUUGACCUCUGUGCGGCUUGCAUUUCCUUUCGGGUUAAUGGGCAGCCAGUGCAGGGCAUGCUGGAGAAUUUCAAUUUGGAUGGACUUCUGUUUCCUGUGGUCAGCUUAUCUGCUGGAGUGAGGGUGCGAUUCCUAUUUGGCGGUCAUCUAGGGGAGUUUAAGUUCCUUCCUCCACCUGGGUUCUCUCCAUGCUGUGAAGCUCUCCUACCCAGGGUCAGAUGUCGACUGGAGCUGUGCCUUGAAGUCACCAGACGUCACACUGGCAAUGUCCGUGACCUUCUGGGACCUGUUUGUCCUGCUUAUCCAGUUACCUUUAUACCCAUGCCAGUGGACACCAGUCAGGUGGUGCUUCCCCCUCAGUUCAUACGGAUUCAAGAAAGGCUAGCUGAAAACCUCCAUGAACUCUGGCUUGUUGACAGGAUUGAAGAGGGCUGGACCUACGGGCCUGUUGGAGAUGAGAGCAAAAAAGCGCACCCUUGUCUGGUAGAGUUCUCCAAACUCCCAGAUCAAGAGAAGAAUUCUAAAAUGCAAGCAUCCCAAGACACUCUCAGUACUCUGCUGGCACUUGGUGCUAAUAUUGGGUUGUCUGAUGACCAUCCAGAAGAGGAAGUGAAUUAUGUACGACUUUCCAACAAAUAUGAGCUGUGCAGUGGCUAUAGGCCUGCUCCAGUCAACCUGUCCAAUGUUAGCUUUACUGAGGCUCAGGAGACUUUGGUGGAUAAGCUGGCUGAGAAUGAGCAUAACGUAUGGGCAAGAGAAAAAAUCAGACAGGGCUGGAACUAUGGUCCACAGCAGGAUGUGAAGGGGAAGAGGAGCUGUCAUCUGGUACCAUUCUCCUUCCUGGAUGAGAGGAGCAAAGCCUCAAUUCGGGAGGCAGCAAGGGACAUAAUAAGCACUCUGCUGGGCUUUGGUUACACUGUGGAGCUCCUGGAACAAGAUCAGACCCCAAGUCCAGAUGUUAAACCCGUUCAUAUGGAGAGGUUCCGUCUAUUCCGUGUGGAGAAACCAUUUGCAGUAACUUGUGGGAAAUGGUACUUUGAGUUUGAGGUUGCUACAGAUGGGGAGAUGAGAGUGGGCUGGGCCCGACCUGGAAGCAGACCUGACCUUGACCUGGGAACUGAUGAUCAGGCCUUUGUGUUUGAUGGCUCAAAGGGUCAGUGGUGGCAUGGUGGUGUUGAGUCAUUGGGCAGAAUAUGGCAGAAAGGUGAUGUGAUUGGCUGCCUGCUGGACCUGACCCUGUGCACCAUGAUGGUCACUCUGAAUGGAGAAAUACUGUUAAAUGAUCAUGGCUCUGAACUAGCUGCCAAAGACUUUGAAAUCUCUGAUGGUUUCUUGCCAGUGUGCAGUCUGGCAGUGAACCAAGUGGGCCGUCUGAAUUUGGGCAGGAAGGCGAGCUUUCUACGUUACUUCAGUGUCUGUGGCCUUCAGGAAGGCUACCAACCCUUUGCCUUCAACAUGAGUCAAGACUUGCCCCUCUGGAUGAGCUGGCCUCAACCACAGUUUAUACCUCUGUCAGCAGACCACCCAAGUGUGCAAGUGACUCGUAUAGAGGGAACAGCAGACCAUGUCCCAUGCCUAAAGCUAUCCAAGAAGACCAAGUUGUCACAAGGCAGUUGUGUUAGCAGUGAUAUAGAGUACUAUCGUCUUAGCAUGCCUGUAGAGUGCGCUCAGAUCUUCACUAAGCUUGCAGAGGGGGCUGUCCAUUCCAGCAGUAGUGUCUUCUGCCAACUCAGAGAGCCAGAGGGAGAGGUAGAUUCAGACUUUGAGGUUUUGAUGAAAUCAGCCCUUAGACACACAGGAUCCAGAGAUGAGCUUAACAACCACAAAGACCACAGCCAAGAGAAACACUCCAAACUCAAACAAAGGUUUUUACUUAGGAAGAAACCAGACCUAAGUAGCAGCCAUUCUUCUGCCCGUCUGCUAGAGGAGGUGCUAGCGAUUGAGAGAGAUGAUUACAACCGCCUCGUUAAUACCACAAUGUAUUACUACUCUGUUAAGGUGCUCCCUGGUCAGGAGCCCUCCUAUGUUUGGGUGGGCUGGGUUACAUCUGACUUCCACCAGCAUGACCUGAAUUUUGAUUUGGACAGGGUUCACACAGUCACUGUCACACUUGGUGAUGAGUGGGGUAAAGUUCAAGAAAGUUUGAAGCGUAAUAGCUGCUAUAUGGUUUGUGCGGCGGAGGGCAGCAGUCUGUCCAACAGUCGUAGUGGCAGUUGUCUGGAAAUUGGCUGUCUAGUUGACACAGCAACUGGACUUCUUACCUUCACCUCCAAUGGAAAAGAGAUGGCAACCUACUACCAGGUAGAACCUGCUACAAAGCUCUUCCCUGCAGUCUUUGCCAAAGCUACCAGUCCUGAGGUGUUUCAGUUUGAGUUUGGCCACAAUAAGAAUGCAAUGCCAUUGUCAGCAGGCGUUUUCCAGAGUGAAAGGGGGAAUGCUGUACCACAGUGUCCUCCAAGGCUAUGUGUCCAGUACCUCUCACCUGUGCAGUGGAUCCGUGUGCCAGACAGUUCCCAGCAGGUAGAACUCACCCGUCUUAACAAACGUCACGGCUGGACAGCACAGUGCACAGAAACUCUCCAGAUCAUGACCUUACACAUCCCUGAGGAGAACAGGUGCGUUGACAUUCUUGAGCUCUCUGAAAUGGAUGAUCUUCUCAAGUUCCAUGACCACACCCUCCGCCUCUAUUCCGCCCUCUGUGCCUAUGGCAACAGUCAUGUUGGCCACGCCCUCUGCAGCCAUGUAGACCAGUCACAGCUCAUGUAUGCCCUGCAGUGUCCACGUAUGCCUGGCCCUCUGCGGAUGGGUUACUACACCCUCCUCUCAAAUGCUCAUCUCAGUCCCCAUGCUAAUGCUAGACUUUUCACAACCCAUGAAUAUAUAGUCCCCUUGACAGACAAAACUCGUUCAGUCACCCUUUACCAAGGCUACAGGAAGCAUCAAACCCUGCCAGGAUCUCACAGCAGCAGUUCCCUACAACCUAGAAUGCAUUUCACGUCACCCUGUUUCAUCAGAAGUGAUGGGACUGGAAUGAUAGAUGAGGCUGAUUGUGUAACGAUCGGCAGGGGUUACCUACAUCAGGGUUGUCCUGAGUUCCCUCUGGAUGUCUUGAAGGUGGUUGUUGUGGACAUGCUGAGGGAGGCGGUGUUUGCUGUGGGACAAGGUGCGAGAGAUCCAGUAGGGGGCAGUGUAGAGGUCCUUUUAGUCCCUCUCCUUAGCUUACUACACACACUUCUGCUCAUGGGUGUUUAUCAGGGCUCUGAAAUGAAGCCUGUGCUCGCAUUCAUACUGCCGUCUCAUCAUGCACGAGGCACAGACAGGCCUGGAGAAGAGGAUGAAGAAGAACAGAGUUACAUAAAUCAUGGGGAAAAGGAAAGGAGGAAUGAGGAGAGGAUGGGAAAAAGGAGUGGGCAAACGCUGCUUCAGAUGCGCCUCCCCGAGGCAGUUAAACUGCAGGUGUGCCAUCUGCUUCAGUAUUUGUGUGACUGUCAGGUACGUCACAGAGUCGAGGCAGUGGUUGCUUUCUCUGGUGACCUUGUCGCCCGACUCCAGGACAACCAGCGAUACCGUUACAAUGAAGUCAUGCAGGCGCUCAACAUGUCCGCUGCCCUAACUGCCCGCAAGACCAAGGAGUUCCGCUCACCUCCUCAAGAACAGAUCAACAUGAUGCUAAACUUCCGUGAGGACCAGCCAGAGUGUCCGUGUCCAGAGGGAAUCCGGGAACUUCUACUGGAAUUUCAUCGGGAUCUUAUGACUCAUUGUGGAAUUGAAUCUGUUGACACUGAGGAUGAAGAUGAUCACUCUAUCCGGGCACGGCUGGUUGAUAAAAUGGUUAGCUUAAAGAGAAGACUAUCGAGAACUAUUGAGGAGGACAUUAUCAUCAAGCCUGUCUCUCUACAGCAGCUGAUCUCUGAUACCAUGUUGGCAUGGGUGCGUGAAGGUGCAAUUGAGGACCCGGCUUUGGUCAGGGCUGUUUUUGGACUCCUGAGGUGCCAGUAUGCCACCCUGGGGGAUCAGAUGGCAGCUCCCCUUCAGAAGACUUACUGUAUCAGCCCAAGCUCUGUGGAGGACACCCUCAAUCUACAGGAGGCGCUAGGGUGCAUCAGGUCUCUGCUAAGAGUCAGGAUGGGCAGAGAAGAAGAACAGCUGAUGAUAAGGGGUCUUGGAGAUAUCAUGAAUAACAGAAUUUUCUACCAGCAUCCUAACCUGAUGCGAGCUCUGGGUAUGCAUGAGACUGUUAUGGAGGUGAUGGUGAAUGUCCUAGGAGCUGGAGAAUCUAAGGAAAUCAUAUUUCCCAAGAUGGUGGCCCACUGUUGCCGUUUUCUGUGUUAUUUCUGCCGAAUCAGUCGUCAGAACCAAAAAGCCAUGUUUGAACACCUCAGCUACCUUUUGGACAACAGCAAUGUCGGACUUGCCACACCCUCAAUGCGAGGCUCCACCCCUCUGGAUGUGGCUGCUGCCUCUGUGAUGGAUAAUAAUGAGCUGGCCCUAUCACUCACUGAGUCUGACCUGGAAAAGGUUGUUCAGUAUCUGGCAGGCUGCGGUUUGAGUAGCUGUCCUCUCCUGGUUGCUAAAGGAUACCCUGACAUUGGCUGGAACCCAGUGGAGGGAGAGCGUUAUCUGGACUUCUUGCGUUUUGCUGUCUUCUGUAAUGGUGAGAGUGUUGAAGAAAAUGCGUAUGUGGUGGUGAGACUUCUGAUUCGCCGGCCUGAGUGCUUUGGCCCCGCCUUGCAAGGGGAGGGUGGAGACGGUCUCCUAGCAGCCAUGGAGGAAGCCAUCAGGAUCUCAGCAGACCAGAAUCAGGAUGGAACGGCAGCAGUCUAUGAAUCCAACAAAACACUAGACGCAGCUGAAGAUGAGGAUGAUGAUGUCAUCCACAUGGGUCAUGCCAUCAUGACCUUUUAUUCUGCCCUGAUUGACCUGCUGGGUCGUUGUGCCCCUGAAAUGCAUCUGAUAGAGGCGGGUAAAGGGGAGGCCAUUCGUAUGCGGGCCAUUCUCAGAUCUCUCAUUCCUAUAAAUGACCUGGAGGGAGUCAUCAGUAUUCCUUUCUACUUACCCACACUGGACACAGAUGGUUCAGUGGUUGAGCCGGACAUGUCCACAGGAUUCUGUCCGGACCACAAGGCAGCGAUGGUGCUAUUUCUGGAUCGGGUCUAUGGAAUCCAAGACCAGAACUUUCUGCUCCGCUUGCUGGAGAAGGGCUUCCUGCCUGACUUGCAGGCUGCUGUUUCCAUGGAUACAACUGGUCUGGGUGGUACAGACAUGGCUUUGGCUCUGAACCGGUAUUUGUGUGUGGCUGUGCUGCCGUUAUUGAGUAAGUGUUCGGCUCUGCUGUGUGGUUCGGAGGUGCGGUCUGGUUCGGUUGAUGCUCUGCUGCAAUCCGUCUACAUGCUCUCCAAAACCAGCAGCCUGACCAAAGCUCAGAGAGACGCCAUCCAGGACUGUCUGCUCUCAGUCUGCGGGAAACUCAAGCCAUCCCUGUUAGUGCCUCUCCUCCGUGCUCUUGUGUUUGAUGUCCCCACAUUGUCUGAGAACGCAAAGAUGCCUCUGCAGCUCUUGGCCAAUCACUAUGAACAGAAUUGGAAGUAUUAUUGCCAGAUUGGUGGUGGAAGUAGCAUUGGUUCUGCCACAGAGGAGGAGCUUCACAUGACCAGGAAACUCUUUUGGGGAAUAUUCAAUGCAUUAGCCAAAAAGACUUACAAUGCUGAUUUGUUCAGGAUGUCACUAACCUGUCUCAGUUCGGUGGCUGGGGCCAUUUCUCCUGAUCAUAUGGACCUGAGCAGCACUAGUAACAUGGAUACAUACAGUUCCCUGGAUGCUGAAGGACGGUUUUGUCCCCAGCCUGUGGACACUUCUAAUGUAUGCCUGCCUGAGAGGUUGGAUUACAUCAUAAAUAAAUAUGCUGACCAUACUCAUGAGAAGUGGUCUCUGGAGAAGUUUGCUAGUGGCUGGGUCCAUGGAGAGCAGUAUUGUGAAAGUUCAAAAGUUCACCCCAUGCUCAAGCCCUACAGAGCCCUGUCUGAGAAGGAUAAAGAGGGCUACAGAGCAGCAAUUCGGGAAACUGUGAAAAGCAUGCUGGUGUUUGGCUGGACCAUUGAGAGGACCAAAGAAGCUGAGGGUCACGGUUUUCAUAACCCUGCUAGGAAACUCUCACAGUCUGGUCAGUUGUCUUUUGAAGGUGCCUCAACAUUCAGCCCCAAACCUAUGGAUACCAGCAUUGUGUCUCUGACCUGGGAUCAGUAUUCUAUGGCAGAACAGCUGGCAGAGAAUCACCACAACAUCUGGGCCAAGAAGAAAAUUCAGGAACUGGAGGCAAAAGGAGGUGGAGCACACCCCCUGCUGGUACCGUAUGAGACCCUAAAUGCCAAAGAAAAAGACAGGGUCAGACAGAGAGCUCAGGACAUCCUCAAGUUUUUCCGCAUUAAUGGCUAUACUGUGUGGCGAGAAAAACAGGCUGUUCACUGUGAUUCUCCAGCCAUUGCUGGGCGCUUUGCCUACAGCCUGCUUCAGCAGACCCUCAGAUUCACAGAGCAGGCCCAGGAACAGCUACUGGAGCAGGUGAAGAUUCUGUUGCCUCUUGUUGAUCAAUUCUUUAAAAAUCAUCAUAUCUACUUUCUGCCAGUAUCUGUGCAUUCCUAUGGCAACAGGGGCCAUGCCUCUAACAAAGAGAAAGAGAUGGUCAUUAGGUCUGCAGUGAAGACUACAGCCGAGAAGGCCAGGUUAUCUUUAUGGUCCUUCUUUAAGCAUGCUGCCUGUGACCUGGAGCUGACCGUGGGGGCUUUGACCUCUGGCUCACUCAGCCAGAGCAAAGUUCCGUCGAGAGGGCCUAAUGAAGUCCUCAAGUAUACCAGCACGGUCCUGGUUCCAGUUUUAAGUGCCCUCUUUCAGCAUGUCGCUCAGAGCCACAGUGGAGCGGAGAUCUUCGUGGAUGAAGUAAAGGGGUACUGUUUAAGAAUCCUGAGCAGCCUCCUUAUCCUGGGCACCUGUAAAGACAGCUGUGUGGAGCGGCCUGCAGUAGGGGAAUGUCUGGCUGCAUUAUCAGCAGCAUUACCAGUUUGUUUCUUAGAGCUGUCCUCAGAGGAAAACAACCCAUAUUUAAUCCUCAACACCCUGAGCAAUGCACCAAUGACAGAAAUAGGUGUGGAGUUUGGUGCUGAGGAGGUGUGUCGCUUCCUACCCACUUUACAGCAAGCCAUGUCAGAGGUCGAGGAGUUGGCUAGGGCAGGGUCAGCUGCACGCCACGCCCUGGUGUCCAGGGUUACGGAAGUGACUCUCCCGCUCCUGUGUAGCUAUGCCUCCCAUUGGGGAGAUCGAAGUGAAUGGGAGGACCAAGAUGGUUCCUGCUCCUCUCACAUGCUGCAUCUCAUUAAUACCCUCCUGGGAUACAUUUUCACCAUUAUACACUCUAACCUGGGCGCGCCAGAUGGAGCCUGGAUGAAACGACUCACAGUUUUCUCUCAGCCAAUCAUCAGCAAAGCUGCACCAGGCCUUCUGAAGAGUCACCUCCUACCUCUGAUGGAGAAAUUGAAGAAGGGGGUGGAGUCAGUGCUACUGGAGGAGGAGCGUUUGAAGGCAGAGGGGCAGGCUGAUGCCUCAGAGGCGGAGAUAGAGAUCCAGGAUAAGUUUACAGUGUUGGUGCGAGACCUCUAUGCAUUUUACCCACUACUUAUCCCAUUCAUUGACCUGCACAGAAUACAGUGGCUCAGGGAGCAGAAUCCUGACGUGGAGAAAAUCUUCAUCAUGGUGGCGGAGGUCUUCAUUUUCUGGGCCAAAUCUCACAAUUUCAAAUGGGAAGAACAAAACUUUGUCGUUCAAAAUGAAGUUAACAACAUGGCGUUUCUGGUCAAUAGCAACAGGAACAAAAUGAGAGGACAAGGAGCCUGUGGUCAGGAGAGGAGGAAGAUGAAGAGGAAGGGCGACCGUUACUCCCCACAUACCUCCUUAAUUGUGGUGGCUGUGAAGAAACUGCUUCCUGUGGGUUUGAAUGCCUGUUGCCAUGGUGACCAGGGCCUGGUCUCUCAGGCCAAGACUCGUCUCGCUCAGAAAGAUUCUGAGGAAGAGGUUCGAGAAUAUAUUCGCCAAAGCCUGCAUCUCACCGAGAACUCAUUUGGACGGGAUCUGGACACUCACAGGGAGGUGGAGAAGAUCCUCAGUACUGCUCAAGUUCUUCUUCAUCUCAACCUGGUGGAACAUCCACAGAAGACAAAAAGAGCAGUGUGGAAUAAGGUGUUGUCCAAGCAGAGGAAGAGAGCGGUGGUGGCCUGCUUUAGAAUGGCACCUCUUUACAAUCUUCCCAGACACAGGGCAGUUAAUCUAUUCCUGCAGGGUUAUGAAAAACUCUGGGUGGAGGCAGAGAAUGAUUCUUCAGAGGACAGACUCAUAGAGGAUUUGUCUAGAGCAGGAGAGCAAGUGAAAUUAGAGAGAGAAAGGAGCAAGGAACACAAGGAGGAAUUGAAAAGAAAGAUUGAUCCUCUUGAACAGCUCAUCACACUCUUCAGUCAAACUGCUCUUACAGAGAGGAGUAAACUUGAAGAUGAUGGUUUGUAUAUUUCCUAUACUGCCAUCAUGUCUAAGAGUUGCCAAAGUGAGGAGGAAGAGGACGAGGAUGCAGUUAAAACAUUUGAGGAAAAGGAACUGGAGAAGCAAAGGUUGUUGUAUCAGCAGCACAGAUUACAUAGUCGCGGAGCUUCAGAGAUGCUCCUCCAAACUCUCAGUGCCAGCAAAGGUGAAAAUGCAUCUAUGGUGGCAUCUACUUUAAAACUGGGCAUAGCCAUUCUAAAUGGAGGAAACACUUCUGUUCAACAGAAAAUGCUGGAUUACCUCAGACUCAGGAGAGAUGUUGGCUUCUUUCACAGUCUGGCCUGUCUCAUGCAAACCUGCAGUGUGCUGGACCUGAAUGCCUUUGAUAGGCAGAAUAAAGCAGAAGGUUUAGGUGUUGGUGCUGAAUAUACCUCAGGAGAUAAGGUUAUGGUAGAUGAAGAAUUGACAUGUGACCUCUUUCGUUUCCUUCAGCUUCUCUGUGAGGGACAUAACUCAGAUUUCCAGAAUUAUCUGAGGACCCAAAUAGGAAACAACACAACGGUCAACAUCAUAAUAUCCACAGUAGACUAUCUGCUCAGACUUCAGGAGUCCAUUAGUGAUUUCUAUUGGCAUUAUUCUGGGAAAGAGGUGAUUGACCAGCGAGGGCAGCAGAGUUUCUCUAAAGCCAUCCGAGUUGCCAAACAGGUUUUUAAUACACUCACAGAGUACAUUCAGGGUCCCUGUACUGGAAACCAGCAGAGUUUGGCACACAGUCGCUUAUGGGAUGCUGUAGUGGGAUUUCUCCAUGUUUCUGCGAAUAUGCAAAUGAAACUCUCUCAGGAUUCCAGUCAGAUUGGAUUGCUGAAAGAGCUAAUGGAUUUACUGAAAGAUAUGGUUGUAAUGUUGCUGUCCAUGUUAGAGGGAAACGUUGUGAAUGGGACCAUUGGUAAACAGAUGGUUGACAUGCUGGUAGAGUCCUCCAGCAAUGUUGAGAUGAUCCUUAAGUUCUUCGACAUGUUUCUCAAACUUAAAGAUCUCACGACCUCAGACUCUUUCCGGGAGCAUGACCCAGACACAAAGGGUCAGAUCUCCAAGAAAGACUUCCAGAGAGCCAUGGAGGGUAGCAAGCGGUAUUCACAAUCUGAAAUCGACUUCUUGCUCUCCUGCAUGAAGACAGACGAAAGCGAACUUGUGGAUUAUCGAGCUUUUGUAGCACGCUUUCAUGAGCCAGCCAAAGAUAUCGGCUUCAACGUGGCUGUCCUCCUCACUAACCUCUCAGAACACAUGCCCCACGACAUACGCCUAAGGAACUUUCUGGAACUGGCCGACAGUGUGCUAAGGUACUUCCAGCCUCACCUUGGCCGUAUUGAGAUAAUGGGCAGGGGGAAGCGCAUUGAGAGGGUCUAUUUUGAGAUCAGCGAAUCCAGUCGCACUCAGUGGGAGAAACCCCAGGUGAAGGAAAGCAAACGUCAGUUCAUCUUUGAUGUUGUCAAUGAGGGAGGAGAGAAGGAGAAGAUGGAAUUGUUUGUGAACUUCUGUGAGGACACUAUCUUUGAGAUGCAACUGGCUGCUCAGAUCUCAGGGUCGGACACCAGAGAAGGAAUGACAGCGAAGGACAAAAAAGAGGGAGGUAUGGAUGGGAAAGAGAUGGUUGAAAAAACAUCAGAAGAGAGUAAUAAAGUCACAGAAACAAACCUUUUCUCCGUUGUCACUUUGAUGAGUAUCCUCCUGGCCCCACUAUAUGCUCUGAUGGUGAUGAUGUCGCUUCUCUCCAUGAGAAACCUGAUGAAGGUGAUAAGGAUGACUACACUGAAGAGUCUCAUCAUGGCCAUCAUCUGCUUUUUCCGGAAUUUUCUCUUGACUUUUGUCCAUUCUGUACUUAGCUUAAUCUGGUUCAUUCUUAAUAUUUUAUACAUGAUCUUUCUGAGUGGAUGGAUCAUCGAAAAUGCCAAACAAACAACCCUGGCUGACCUCUUAGGCGGCCUUGUUGAGCCGACCCUGGAUGAGGUCACUGGGGUGGGUGUGGAAACUACAGAUGGGAGAAGAAAAGAGGACACACCCUCACUCUCAUCUCUGGAUAAUCUGAGGGCAGUGGGGUUUGAUCUCAGUGCUGUCUCCAGGGAUCCACAGCUCCUUACCAACAUUUUUGGUCUUCACUUGACUAAGGAUGGUGGACAGUACAGACUGCUGGCCCAGGAACCUAACUCUGAUCUGGGUCAGCUGCUCUCAACAGCCAAAUAUGAGCCACGGAUGUUCAACGAAGAGGAGGAAAAAAGUACAGAAGCAAAGGAGUCAGAGACUGAAAAGGCUGAAGAAGAUAAGGAUGAGAAGAAGGAGAGGAGGAAUGAGGACAUAGCUAAACAACGGGUCAGGAGGCAGAGUAUAUCCAAGCCUGCAGAGACUGAAGUUCAGGAAUCUGUUGUGUGGAAAGCAAUCAGCAUUCAGAAGACAAAACUCCUUAAUUGUUUUGCAAGAAAUUUCUACAAUAUGCGAAUGUUGGCUCUGCUCAUUGCCUUCGCUAUCAAUUUCAUCCUUCUCUUUUUCAAGGUAUCCUCUUCCUCUGGGAAUGAGGACAAUGAGAAUGAGAAAGGGUUGAGAAUGCAUGACAUCCGUGAAGGGUCAUCUGAGCAGCCCAGUGCUACUGGAAACUCAGUGUGUUAUGUGCUUGAAGAGAGAACUGGAUAUAUGGAGCCAUGCCUGUACUGCCUGGCCAUUUUACACACACUGGUAUCCUUCUGCUGCAUCAUUGGUUACUACCUCCUGAAGGUUCCCCUGGUGAUUUUUAAGCGGGAGAAGGAGCUGGCGCGAAAGCUUGAGUUUGAUGGGUUUUAUGUCACAGAGCAGCCCUCUGAGGAUGACAUUAAAGGACAGUGGGACAGACUGGUCAUUAACACUCCGUCAUUUCCUAACAAUUAUUGGGAUAAGUUUGUCAAAAGGAAGGUGAUGGCUAAGUAUGGUGAGCUUUAUGGCUCAGCACGCAUCAGCGAGCUUUUGGGGUUGGAUAAAGCCAUGCUAGACUUCAGUUCUCAGACACAGGAGAGGAAAUGGCUCAGAAAGGAGACCUCCAUUACUGCACUAUUGACCUCCAUUGAUGUGAAGUAUCAGAUAUGGAAACUAGGGGUAGUUUUCACAAACAAUUCGUUCCUGUACCUAGCUUGGUAUAUGUCCAUGUCUGUGUUAGGUCACUAUAAUCAUUUCUUUUUUGCCGCUCAUCUAUUGGACAUUGCUAUGGGCUUUAAAACACUCCGUACCAUUCUGUCAUCAGUCACGCACAAUGGAAAACAGUUGGUUUUGACAGUUGGACUGCUGGCUGUGGUGGUGUAUCUCUACACCGUGGUUGCCUUCAACUUCUUCCGCAAGUUUUACAACAAAAGCGAGGAUGGAGAUUCACCAGAUAUGAAGUGUGAUGACAUGUUAACUUGUUACAUGUUCCACAUGUAUGUGGGUGUCCGUGCGGGUGGAGGGAUUGGAGAUGAGAUUGAGGAUCCUGCUGGAGAUGAGUCGGAGGUCUACCGAAUCAUUUUUGACAUCACUUUCUUCUUCUUUGUCAUUGUGAUUCUCCUUGCCAUUAUUCAGGGUUUGAUCAUUGAUGCAUUUGGAGAGCUGAGAGAUCAGCAGGAACAAGUCAAGGAGGACAUGGAGACUAAGUGUUUUAUCUGUGGGAUUGGGAGUGAGUACUUUGACACCCUGCCCCAUGGUUUUGAGACCCACACGCUGGAGGAGCACAACCUGGCCAACUACCUGUUCUUUGUUAUGUACCUUAUCAAUAAGGAUGAAACAGAACACACAGGCCAGGAAUCAUAUGUAUGGAAGAUGUAUCAGGAACGCUGUUGGGAGUUCUUCCCUGUGGGGGAUUGUUUCCGGAAACAAUAUGAAGACCAACUCAGUUAA